CCCAGCCACCGUGUCCCACACUUGCUCUCCGUUGAUCCUGUUGGCUGCAUGGAGCCAGAGCUGGAGCAUGCACUAUGCGGGGCCCCAUCCUGGAGCAGCCUUGGGGGACCUGAGCAUCAGGAGAUGAGCUUCCUAGAGCAAGAAGACAGCAUUUCAUGGCCAUCACCAGCCAUGACCACCAGCUCAGAAAGAAAUCCUGGGAAACAGGGUACUGAGGCCUCAAGACGGACAAAGCAAGAGGCUGUGGAGGCGGGGGAGCUGCCAAGCCCGGGGGAAGGUCCACAAUCCAAGCCAGCUGCUGAAUCCACCGGGCUGGAGGCCACAUUCCCCAAGGCCACACCCUUGGCCCAAGCUGCUCCCUUGGCCAGAGUGGACACUCCACCAACAGAGAGGGACAUCCUUCCCCCUGACUAUGCAGCCUCAGCCGUUGGCUCGAGCACAGAUGAUCUGGAUCUGGGCAUAGAGUUCUCAGCCACAGCAGCCUGGGGGUGUGAGCUCGGCCUGGUGGAAGAGAGGCCUGCCCGGUGCCCAUCCCCGAAGGACCUGUUACCCAGGCUGGGCUGGGACGAUGAGCUGCGGAAGCCAGGGGCCCAGGUCUACAUGCACUUCAUGCAGGAGCACACCUGCUACGAUGCCAUGGCAACCAGCUCCAAGCUGGUCAUCUUUGACACCAUGCUGCAGAUCAAGAAGGCCUUCUUUGCGCUGGUGGCCAACGGCGUCCGGGCAGCACCUCUGUGGGACAGCAAGAAGCAGACUUUUGUGGGGAUGCUGACCAUCACAGACUUCAUCCUGGUGCUGCAUCGCUAUUACAGGUCCCCCCUGGUCCAGAUCUAUGAGAUUGAAGAACAUAAGAUUGAGACCUGGAGGGAGAUCUACCUUCAAGGCUGCUUCAAGCCGCUGGUCUCCAUCUCUCCCAACGACAGCCUGUUCGACGCCGUCUACACCCUCAUCAAGAACCGGAUCCACCGCCUGCCGGUCCUGGACCCCGUCUCAGGGGCCGUGCUCCACAUCCUCACACACAAGCGGCUGCUCAAGUUCCUGCACAUCUUUCAGGGCACCCUGCUGCCCCCACCCUCCUUCCUCUCCCGCACCAUCCAAGAUUUGGGCAUCGGCACGUUCCGAGACUUGGCCGUGGUGCUGGAAACGGCGCCCAUCCUGACCGCGCUGGACAUCUUUGUGGACCGGCGGGUGUCUGCGCUGCCUGUGGUCAAUGAAGCUGGACGGGUCGUGGGCCUCUACUCCCGCUUCGAUGUGAUUCACCUGGCUGCCCAGCAAACCUACAACCACCUGGACAUGAGUGUGGGAGAGGCACUGAGGCAGAGGACAGUGUGUCUGGAGGGAGUCCUUUCCUGCCAGCCCCACGAGAGCCUGGGGGAAGUCAUCGACCGGAUUGCCCGGGAGCAGGUACCCACGCUCCUUCAUGCACGCUCCCAACACGUAUGGCCCAGUCCUUCCCACGAGCAACUGCAGCUAUCCCUGUACAUCGGGCAUCCGCCCUGUCCUCCCAUUUCAUGGCCAAGCUCUUGGCGUCCACACUGGUCUGCAACUGGUCCUGUCCAUGGCGCCCUCGUGCGGAGGGCCACAGCCAGCAGAUCGCCCCAGAGUGGUCAGAGCCACCCCAGCUGGUUUCUUGGAGACACUUUCUUGCUCCCCUGGUUAUGUCACAUUGUUGCCUCUGAUUCUUGGCUCGUUGGCUGCCAUAGCCGUGCCCUCACUGUCCCUCUGUGUACCUACAGGUACACCGGCUGGUGCUGGUGGACGAGACCCAGCACCUCCUGGGUGUGGUGUCCCUCUCCGACAUCCUUCAGGCACUGGUGCUCAGCCCUGCUGGCAUCGAUGCCCUCGGUGCCUGAGAAUAUCUGAGUCCUCACUCCCAGCCCACUUUCCACACCCGGAAGCCAAUGGAGGGGGCCGGGGAACUCGGCCUUCAUCUUCCCCCACCCCCAUCUGCUGGUUCGGCUCUGGUUCAGGUAGGCUCUGCCCUGGGCCAUUGGCCUCAGCACCAGCCCCUCAGUCUUUCUGGGCUCCCAGAUCUCGGGUUGGGGCCCCCUGAGAAUGAGAGGGGCCCAGCACACAGCUGAGCAGUCCCGUGAAAACUACAAGUGUCAGGAUUCACUGUGGGGCCACCGCUCUGUCCCAUUCUCAGCUGAAGUCAUGGAAGCCAUCAUAAGAGGGGUGGACAGGGGCUGGGGUGAAGGGAAGGGCAGUGAUGUGACUUAAGUGCUCUGGGGAGACUGACCUGCCUCUCGCCUGCUCGGAAUUCCACUGGAAGGAAGUAAGUUAAUAAACCUUUGUUGAAUGGAAUUCCCAUGCUCAGUAAGAACUAUGGCUGAAAGGAGGAAAUUUCUAUCUAAGUACUCAUUUUGGUAAAUUUGACGUGAUCUCAGACUCUUUCCUGGUAGCACAUUUGCUAGAGGUUUGCAGAAGGGUGGGGACACAGAUUCCACCCAUGUGGCAGUGGAUGGCAAGACUGAGGUUCCCCUAUUGGAAACGCAACCUCCACUCUCCACUGAGUCACCGUCUUCCCUUCUCUCCUCCUCACAGGCUUCUCCAGCCCUCCCUCACUGCCCUUGCCCUGCCCAUACUCCCAGAAGCCCUUGGGAAUGCCCAGUGCACCAUGGGAUGAUGAAAUUAAGAACAGCUGAGUCAGCCUGGAGAUCCCUGAGCCAGAGGCACUGGCAUUACCCCAGGGCCGACUGCUCCACGCCCACCCACAUCGCUUUCCCCCCACCUGGGUUGUGACCAGGCCCAGUGGGGCGAUGAGCCUUCAGCCCGUGGGUUAGCCAGGGGAUCUGGAUUCCUCAGCUUCUGGACUGCCUGUCGGUCAUGCCCCCAGCUCCUGGGAGUCCCAGCUGUUCUUCCCCCCUGGGAACCACCUUAGUGGUCCCCCACAACUUUGCCACUGCCCUGCUACUCUCCCGGCAUUGUCAUUUCAGGGCUGCUGGGGGUCACUACGGAGCGGCAGUUAUCUGUAGAGCUGCCUGUUGGAGUGGGGUCCCCCUCCAUUCUCGUCCUCAGCUCUCACCAGCAAACAGCGUUCUCAGUCCCCAGGGAUGGCCCUGUAUUUGGAUCACUGAGGACGCACGAUCGAGAAAACAAAACGAACGACCCACAAACUUGGAUUUUAUAAGUUCCACUCAGAAAACGCUACAGUCAUUUGACCUGAACUUGUGGCAAGAUCCCUGUGCUUGCUGAAUUCAAAGACACGAAGGACAAUCUGUCAUUGAUGAACACCACAAGGGCAGUUCAUUUGCGCAUAGAGUGUUAUUCCACCGAAAUUUCUUUUUCAUCUUUUAUUUAUAACAAAACUGUAAAGAAAAUGUGAAUUAGUUUCAUCGUAGGUACCACUCAGUUCACAAACUCUAAUCUGCAAGAAAUGUAACUUUAGUUUUCUAACGUUGAAUAUAAUUUCUAUUAUGAACCCCAUUUCACCAGGUCGUAGAAAUUAAUCUCAGUCAAUUUGAGGUCCCCUCCCACCUUUUCCUAGGGUUAAGUUUCGGGGAGGGGGGCAGCUUGAGGUAGCAUAAGACUGUUCCUCAGUCAGCAUCAUCCAUCCUUGCCAGCACCUGCUAAAACACCCCCGCUCCCAUCCAAUUGUCACUUGGUUGGUCAUCGGUGGGCAUGACCUCUGCUAGGAGCUCCCUCACUCCCUACCACGAAGCCUCCUUGGGCCUGCCUGCUCUGGAGGCAUGAGGUUAUUCUAGCUCCUGGCCUGCACCCCUCCGGGCCUCAGGAAGCUCUGUGGGGCUGUCCUGUCUGCUGAGAUGGACAGCAAGUAGCCUGUCCUACUCUGCACCUUGGGAUUUUCCCAGCCUGUACCCAGGAAACAUGGGGCCCAGGGCUCUUCUAUCCUUACCAUCUCCAAACCUAUCUGGGGGAUUUGUCAUACUCCCCCCUGCCUUCAGACACAGCUCCCUUCUCAGAGCCCUCUCCUCAGGGACCCCAGAAAUGUCUACACUAUCUUCACUCCCCCAACUGCCACCAGCCUAUGGAAUCUUUACCCAGUGGGGAAAGAGAGGGCCUUUUUCUCUAACCCAUCAUAUCUUCCAAAUCCACUGUAUGUGUCCUGAGUUCUUGCCACCCACUUGGAGGUCAGGCUUUUGAAAUCCCAAAGCCAAGACUGGGCUUCUGCUGUCUCACCUGUCCCCGGUGGCAACGGACACUGCAGGUCUAGCUGCCCAGUGGGGAGAGGGUAGAUUAAUAUUUCUAAAAUAUGAUCCCACCCCAUUUACCUCACAGAGCAACAGAGGGGAGACAUUUGCACUCGAUGGGUCAGGCAGUAAAUGAAGGCAUUUUCUUGUAGACACCCAGCUUCUGCUUCCGGUUUUGCCCUAACCCACCGGUCAGUGCUGGCUGUGCUCUGGCCCUACCUGGGAAGGUCCUGGGUCUGGGCUCAAGUGCGAGGAUGGCAGGGGGUGCUCUCUGGGCCUUUCCCAAGGGACAGUGUCCUUGGGGAGCUGGGGGCAGGCUGCCUCCAGCUGCGGCUGGCUCUAGGGAAAGGGUAGCAGGGUCAGUCUUUUGAGGCGGUGCCCCAGGUUGCUCUGCAUGAGCAGAACAUCAGAGGUCAGAGCACAGGCUUGAGGAGGAGAGGGCAGCCUGAGGAAGGCACUCUUCCCCCGUUGAGAGCAGAUAGGUCUCUACCCUCCGGGGCUCACCAUCCUGAGGACCCAGCAGUUCCCCUCUCGUGCCCUUCUGUGUGCGACCAUCCCCCACCCCCCCACCCUCGCCUCAGACCCCCUUCUCUGAUCGCAGCCAGCCCGCAGCCCUCAGCCCUCCAGCUGUCUCGGCUGCAAGAGGAGAGGCAAAGGGUUGUCAUGGGGACUGCAACUAGCUUAGGAUAAAAGGAGCACCCUUGUGUGAAACCUCCCUGCUCUCCCCUCUGCUCAUACCUAGGAACCUGGGGCUGCCCAUGUCUUCCAGGCACCAUUGCCUCCCUGCCCCCAACUCCUCCCCCAACCUCUGAGGCCCGUCUGAGGUUCUGUGGUCUCGGGACUGGACUCCCACAGACUCCUUAGCUUAACCUGUCUCUCCUCACAACCAUCUCAGUAGUUCUCAGCCCUGGAUGUGCAGCAGGAUCACCCAGGAAGCUUCAGAAAAUGCAAAUUCCACGGCCCCAUUCUUAGAGGUACUAAUUUCCUGAUUUGGGAGUGGGACCUGGGCAACUGCAUUUUUUUCUGUAGAAACUAGACUUACGAUUAAUAGCACAUGAUGAGCAUGACAGCGUGCUGAGAAAUAAGGAUGCCUCUUUCUCAUAAUUAGUAAAAUCAUUUGUCACAUUAUUGGGAUUACCUAUUACUUAUUAUGACUAAGAUCUACAAGAAGCACUGGCUAAGAGGGACGGCACAAAGCAGGAGAUAUACGAUUCAUUAGCAUUCUUACUACUUUGCUCUGAAACGUCCUUAAAUACAGAAGAAUUCAGUACAAUGUCAUGUAUGUCCAGGAUGACAAUUGUCAAAGUUUCUAUUGGAUGUGCAUAUUAAAACUGGAAUCAUAAAUGAUGACCUGGAAAUAAACUAAUAUUACCAAGCCAAAAUACAUUCAGAGCUAAAACUUCUAUAGAACAUGAGCCUGUAGACAGCCAGGAACUAUUGGACACUCUGUCUAUUUUUAGUCCCAGGAGUGCGGCACUGUUGUUUAAGAAGACAAGCUGUUUUCUUAAAGUCUUACCCAAAAAUAUGGAUCCUAAUUUGGCCAACAAAUUCAAAGUAGCUGGAAUAGGAGUAAUGAGCUACGCCUCUCUUUUCAGUCAAAAGUGUAUGUGCUGUGCUCAGUUAAUGGCUACUCCUCUGCGAUUACUCCAGAUCCUACUGUUCGUUCCUUACAGAGUCAGGUCAGGGUGCGUUAUCAGGAAGCCUCACUGAGACAUCUUGCUUCACUGUGACUUGUGGAGGCAGCCCAGAGUCCCUGAGACCCCAGACCCUGGAAGUAUGCCCCAUCAUUGGCCACUGAUGGGCUCUGUGCCAACCUUCAAACCAGGGCUGCUGCCUUCCACCCUCCAGAGAGAAAGUUGCAAGGGAAAGAGCCCACGCUGUUCCGUCACAGCCAGCCUGUAGCUAUUACACAUGUCUGAAUGAAUCACUGUCAAAGAAAGUAAUUUUUUGAUUUACGUUAAAUAAGUCUCGUCCAGGCAUUGUGAUGCAAUAAAAACUGACAGAGGUCAAUUUCAACUCCCAAGAUAAGCAGAAGAACUUCAUGUAUACUUACCGUAUAUGCAUUUUGCUGCAAGUUUAUUAUAUUUCAAUAAAAAUCUUUUAAAAAUUAAAAAAAAAAAGAACCUUGAGUAUAAAGA